GUGCGUGUUGAAGUCAGACGCUGUUAGGCGCCGCCGGUUUGGCUAUUCGCCCGCCAUUUUGGCCCGCUCUGUGUGAAAGCAGCUCGGGCGGUCGCUUCGGCCUCGGGGGUGAGCAAGGAGAUUCCAGACUCAAUGAACUGAAAUGUCUGAGAAGUCAAGCCAGAGCACAAAAGCAAAGGACGGGAAAACGAAGUAUGCAACACUUAGUUUAUUCAAUACAUAUAAAGGAAAAACUCUGGAAACACAGAAAACUACAGUUGCAGCUCGUCAUGGAUUACAAAGUCUUGGGAAAGUUGCUGUUUCACGGAGAAUGCCCCCUCCAGCUAACCUCCCUAGUCUUAAAGCAGAAAACAAAGGCAAUGAUCCCAAUAUAAACAUUGUGCCUAAGGAUGGCACAGGUUGGGCUUCUAAACAAGAACAACAUGAGGAAGAAAAACAAGCAGAAGUCCCACAGGUGCAGCCAAAACCUGUAGCUCCUGUUCCUCCAGAGGCUCCUCCUGUUGUCAAAUCGUGGGCUAAUACCAAACAGGGUGGACAGGGUGACGGUCCUGGAGUUCCAAUAAAUAGUUAUUUCCAGCAAGAGUUUCCUAGUUUGCAGUCAGCUGGAGAUCAAGAAAAGGGAAAUAAAGAAAAAGAUACACCUGAAGAGCCUUAUGGUCCUGGACCAAGUUUGCGUCCACAAAAUGUUGCUAGUUGGAGAGAAGGUGGAGGCAGAAGUUUAAACUCUCCAAAUUCUCCAACUGAUCAAGAAGCAAAACCUCUUGUUCAAGAAGAUGGUAAUAUGCCUGGACCAACAGAACAAAGCGAUGUCCUUAAGGUUCCAGAAAAGAAGGAGAUACGGAUAGCACCACCUCCCCUACCUAAGAUGAAUGGCCAGCAACAGCCAGGGAUCCUUCCUCAGUAUAGAGGAAUGAUACCACCAUAUAUGCUAAAUCAGUACCCUAAACUAGCAUAUCCACCAGUGGCAGGUCCCAGCAGAUUUCCUGCCCCAUCUGAGAGCAGCAGAAACCCAAGAGGAAGGGGGCCUUCUUCACGGAACUCAGAAACUGUAGAACGUCCAGCAAUCCUAAGUGCUAACGAACUCAAAGAACUUGAUAAGUUUGAUAAUUUAGAUGCUGAAGCCGAUGAGGGCUGGGCUGGAGCUCAAAGUGAAGUAGAUUAUACUGAACAGUUGAACUUCAGUGAUGAUGAUGAACAGGGAAGUAAUCAGAAAGAACAGGAAAACAGUAAUGAAUUGACUAAAGAUGUAGACAAGAAAGAUGUAGAAGAACCUAAAUCAUCUUCUGCUUUGCCAUCGGUUGGAACAAAAGGAGCAUAUAGCAAAAGCAGUCAGUUUGACCAGGGACGUGGAGUGUUACCAUCACAAUCUUCAGUACUUGAGAGAAGUAAUACUUCUGGACUUCAUGCAAAAUCAAUUCUUCAGCAUCCACUUCCAGAUCGCAUGGCAGGAUCAGGAAGGCAAGGUUCCUUUCCUCCUAGGCCAGUACCAGAUGAUGAUGAGAUUUGGAAGCAGAGGCGAAGACAGCAGACAGAAAUAUCUGCAUCAGUAGAACGAGCCCGUAAAAGGAGAGAAGAAGAGGAGCGGAGAAUGGAGGAACAAAGAAAAGCUGCAUGUGCUGAGAAAUUAAAACGCUUAAAUGAGAAAUUUGGGUGUGUACCAAAGCCAGCUCAAGAAGACCCAUUGAAAGAAAAAGAAAAGAUCAGAGAAAAUGACAUUGAAAGGGAAAAGGAAACAACUAUUGAAAAGGAGAAAGAAAAAGUGAUAGAUGUGGAAAUAAAAGAAAAUCAAGACAAUGACAAAGAAAUUGAAAAGGAGAAAGAAAGAGAGGAGAAAGAAGAAGUGGAAGAGAUACCUAAAGUAGAUGAGAAACCUAAAACUGAAAUUUCUGAGCCUCAGGAGUCUGCCAUUGCCCCAGUAAUAUUAGAGAAACAAGAAAAAGAAACCACCAGUGAGGAAGAAAGAGACUGUCAACUUGUUUCCACCAUACAAGAAACUAGUCAUAACGAAAAAGACAAUUCACAUGAAAAUGAGCCUGAUUCUGGAGCUCAGCCUCGUCCUGCUGUUUCUUCUGGCUAUUCAAAGCAGUUUCAGAAAUCGUUGCCACCACGAUUUCAGAGACAACAGGAGCAAAUGAAGCAGCAACAGUGGCAACAACAGCAGCAAGGAGUUUUACCACAAUCUACACCAUCACAACCUUCUAGCAGUCCUGUUCCCCCGCCACCACCACAUAGACCAUUGUAUCAACCUAUGCAACCGCACCCCCCACAUUUGACUUCUGUGGGUUUUGAUCCAAGGUGGCUCAUGAUGCAGUCUUAUGUGGAUCCAAGAAUGAUGUCAGGAAGACCUACUAUGGAUAUGCCUCCCAUGCAUCCUGGAAUUAUACCUCCUAAACCACUUCUGAGGAGGGAUCAAAUAGAGGGGACCGGAGCUGGUUCAGAUUCUUUUGAUCAUGUUACUCGAUCAGCGAGGGAACAUGCCAUACCACUGACAGAAUCACAUAUGAUGUGGGGGUCAGAACCAUAUGCUCAUGCAGAUCCUCAACAGACUAGUACCUCCCCCAAAAUCCUUGAAGAAACUAUCGAUAUAAGGUCUGAAGAACUCUUGGAUCAAGAUCAAAUAACAGUUCAAGCAGUGUACUCAGGAGAAGAGGGUCAGUUAGACCCCCAUAUAAAGACAGACUUCUUCAAAAAAUCUGAGGAUGUGAACAUACAGACUUCAAGCAGGUCUUUAGAAAAUGCACAGCCACAUCAAUCUGAUACAUGUCCAUUGGCAGUAAAUGUUGAAGUAACUGCGGGAAAUAUUUCAGAAAGCUCCAAAGAACAACAGGUGCCUAUAGAAGAGAAUAAUUCUUCUCUGAAGAGAAGCAUUUCUCAUGGAUCAACUCAUUCUUUGAAAUCAGAAGAACCAGUGGGCAAUACACAGGCAAAUGUUCCCAAAAUAAACAACAGACACACUGAAACAAAAGAACCACUGCUGGAAAGAGUAGACAGCAAGCAAAAAAAGGAGGGGUUUACAAGUAGUAGGUUACUAGAGGGAUCAAAACCUGAAAAGCCCUUUAAACCUAAAUCUGAAACUAGGUGGGGUCCAAGGCCAGGAUAUGGUAGAAGAGAGGAAGGUAGUGACAGACCAAUGAGAAGAUCUGGUCCCAUCAAAAAGCCUAUUCUUCGUGAUAUGAAAGAAGAGCGUGAACAAAGAGAGGAACGUGAACAGAAGAAAGAACGGGAGGGAGAAAGACUGACAAACGAGAGAGUCAACAAAAUUGAGAAAAGGGAUCAGAUGCUCAUUUCCAGGUUAGAACCAGAGAAAGCCUCUACAGAUGAUAAGAAAACAUUGCAAAACAUAUCACAAACUGCAGAGUGUACAGACAACUCCACAGAACCUAUAAUUACAUCUACUGUUCAGCCUGUCACUGUACAGCAGGCAGCAGCAGUACUUCCUGUAUCUCAGCCGCCAGCUACAGUCCAAACACUUCCACCUUCAGUUCCACAGCCAAACACUCCACAAACUGCAGUUGAGGCUCCACCACUUAGUGUACAAGAGCUACCAGUUCAACAACCUGCAAAUGUGACGGAAGAAAAGCAGCCAGAAAAAAUAAUUAGCAAAGAACAAACCAUAGAAAGACCUGGUAUUGAAACCAGACCAGUAAAAAGGGAGCCUGGAGCACCUCCCAGAACAUACUGGAAAGAAAAUAGGGACUGGUUUCCAGACCAAGGAUACAGAGGAAGAGGACGUGGAGAAUAUUACUCUAGGGGGCGCAGCUAUAGAGGUUCUUAUGGAGGCAGGGGUCGAGGUGGCAGAGGUCACAAUAGAGAUUAUCCACAUUACCGAGAUAAUAAACCCAGAGUAGAACAUGUUGCCUCUGGUCCUCUUAGGCAGAGGGAGGAGAGUGAAACCCGUAGUGAGAGCUCUGAUUUUGAAGUAGUUCCAAAACGGCGAAGACAAAGAGGCUCAGAAACUGACUCUGACAGUGAAGUACACGAAAGUGCAAGUGAUACUCUUCUGUCAGACAAAGACAGCUUAAGCAAAGGCAAACACCCAAAGAGAGAAGAAAGGGCAGAUGUUAAAAAACCUUCAAAAGCCCUCCUAUCUUUCAAACCUGAAAAUAACAUUCGUGGGGACCAUAGAGUUGUUGAUAAAACAUAUAUAAGAGAAGAUGAAAAUAAGACCAAACCAGGUUUUCUUCCUAAAGGAGAACCUUCUAGACGUGGCAGAGGGGGGAUGUUUAGACGUGGUGGAAGGGAUCCAGUUGGUCGCCCACCUCGGCCAUCUAUUCUUAGGAGACCAGGAUACAGAGAGAAUCAGUGGAAUCCAAGACAAACAGAAAUCUCCAAGGCUGAAGAUGGAGAACCGCAACGAAGACAUGAACAUUAUGGCCCUAUACAGUUGGAUAAAAGACCUCCUGCAAAGUUUGAGAGGAAAUUUGAUCCUAUAAGGGAACGACCACGAAGGCAAAGGCCUGCACGACCUCCCAGGCAAGACAAGCCACCACGUUUUAGGCGAUUAAAAGAAAGAGAGGCGGCAUCAAAAAUAAUUGAAGUCACAACUAGUUCAUCAUCAAGUGUGGCAGUGAGUAAUGCUGUUAAUGAGCAGCCAAGCACUACCUUGGAGAUUUCAGAAAGUAAGACACCUGACUUGUCCAAUCAGAACUCUUCAGACCAGGCAAAUGAAGAAUGGGAAACUGCUUCAGAAAGUAGUGAUUUCAAUGAGAGACGCGAGAGGGAUGAAAAAAGAUUAGCAGACAUCACAGCACAGGGAGCUGUUAAGACAGGAGAAAAUACACUAAUUCCUAAAAGAGAAAUAGCUAAGAGAAGUUUUUCCAGUCAGAGACCUGGGGUUGAUCGGCAGAAUCGCCGUGGCAAUAAUGGCCCAUCCAAAUCUGGACGAAACUUUUCAGGGCCAAGAAAUGAAAGGAGAAGUGGCCCUCCAAUAAGACCUGGAAAAAGGGGACCAUUUGAAGAACCGAUCCCUGUUGUGAUUAGCACUGAAUCAGUAAGCAGCAAUUUGCAUCAGGAGGAAAACGGUAACAGUGCUGCUGUGUCAAAAGGUUCCAAAGAUAGCAACAAGAAGCGGGAAGAGACCAAGUCUGGCCCAAAGAAACCCAAAGAGAAAGUGGAUGCAAUCUCUCAGUUUGAUCUUAAUAACUAUGCAAGUGUUGUCAUUAUUGAUGACCAUCCUGAAGUGACUGUAAUCGAAGAUUCCCAAUCCAGCUUGAACAAUGAUGGUUUUACUGAAGUAGUGUCAAAAAAACAGCAAAAACGUUUGCAAGAUGAAGAACGUAGAAAAAAGGAAGAACAAACAGUGCAGGUCUGGACCAAAAAGAAUUCAAAUGAAAAAGGAAGAUGCACAAGUUCUAAGCUACCGCCCAGGUUUGCCAAAAAACAACAACAGGCAACUGCAGCGGCGGCGGCUGCAGCUGCUGCUCAACAAGGUCAGGCUCAACCACAAGUCCCAUUGCAAGGUGUAUCUCAGAUUCCAAGUCCACAAACUUCAGUUCAGGCACAAACACCAGCAACUUGUGCAUUGAACAUCUGUACAGACUAUGCAGGAACAAGCAAAACUCUGCAGAAUGCAGCUUCCCAUAAUGCUGUAGGAACUGAAUUUUGGGAUAAUAAAGUACCCCCUACAAGUGUCCUCAAUGACAUCUCUAAAAAAUUGGGGCCUAUUAGUCCUCCACAGCCACCUUCUGUCAGUGCAUGGAAUAAGCCUUUGACAUCAUUUGGAUCAGCUACUUCACCAGAGGGAACCCCUGCCGGACAGGAAAGUGGAAUUGAUUUGGGAAUAGAAACAAUUCAGUUUGGAGCUCCAGCCUCUAGUGGGAGUGAUAGUGAAGUUGGGCCAGUUUCAGAUAAGACCUCAGAGAAGCUUCUUGAACCAAAAGAACAAAGGCAGAAACAACCACGCGCAGGACCUAUAAAAACACAAAAGCUUCCAGAUAUGAAUCCAGUAGAAAGCAAAGAAUACAAGCCUGGCCCAAUUGGGAAAGAGCGAUCACUAAAGAACAAAAAAGUAAAGGAGGCACAACAAGGCGAUUCUGAGAUGCAAGAAAAGUCCAGUGCUAAUACAGUCAGAAGCUCAGAUCCUAUUACUUCUAAAGAAAACAAAUCAACUAAUGAACUUAGUACAGAAAUAGGAACAAUGAUAUCAGUGUCAGCUGCAGAAUUUGGAACAACUCAAAAAGAGUCUGUAACAGACUAUACAACACCGUCUUCUCAUUCGAGUACAGUGGCAACACACAGUUCAAAGAUGGAGGAGGCUUUAGUUACAAAUGUGCCCCUGCCCCACACCCUUCCCCUCCCUAGGAGGGAGACUCUACAACAGAGCUCCAGCCUAACUCCAGUUUCUCCCGCUACCGUCGACCUCACCCUCAAGAUGGAAUCUGCUCGCAAAGCAUGGGAGAAUUCACCAAACGUGGGAGAAAAGAGUUCACCUGUUACAUCAUCAGCAUCUCCUGUUACUGGUGGUAAUAGUAGUAGCAGUGGAGGUGGGAAUAGCAGCAGUAGCAGUGGACCAACCAGUGGUACAUACAGCUCUUUUUCAAGUGCAUCCAUGCCUCCCAUUCCUGUAGCUUCUGUUACACCUACAACUUCAUUGUCAGGAGCUGGAACAUACACUACUUCCUCUCUAAGUACAAAAUCCACUACAACCUCCGAUCCACCCAACAUCUGUAAAGUGAAGCCACAGCAAUUACAAACAAGCAAUUUAGCAUCUGCUGGUCAUUUUUCCCAGUUAAGCUGUAUGCCAUCCCUGAUUGCCCAACAACAGCAAAGUCCACAAGUCUAUGUGUCUCAAUCAGCUGCAGCUCAAAUUCCUGCAUUCUAUAUGGAUACAACUCACUUAUUCAAUACCCAACAUGCCCGUUUGGCUCCUCCUUCACUUGCCCAGCAGCAAGGAUUUCAACCAGGACUCUCACAGCCUACUUCAGUUCAGCAGAUACCAAUUCCGAUAUAUGCUCCUCUUCAAGGACAGCAUCAAGCUCAACUGAGUUUAGGAGCAGCACCUGCUGUGUCCCAGGCCCAGGAGUUGUUUAAUUCUUCUCUGCAGCCCUAUAGAUCUCAGCAGGCAUUUAUGCAGAGUGGCUUGUCUCAGCCAUCUCCAGUGGUUCUUUCGGGCACAGCUUUACACAACUUCCCAACAGUACAGCAUCAAGAACUUGCCAAAGCACAGUCAAGUCUUGCAUUUCAACAAACAUCCAACACUCAGCCUAUUCCUAUCUUGUAUGAGCACCAGUUAGGUCAAGCUUCAGGAUUAGGAGGUUCCCAACUUAUUGAUACACACCUACUCCAGAUGACAGUACCUAUACCAGGAUCACAACUUUCUUUGCCCAACUUUGGAUCAGCAGGCCAGCCUUUAAUUGCUCUUCCACAAUCCCUUCAACCUCCUUUACAGCACACUCCACCACAACCUCAGGCUCAAAGCCUGAGUCGGCCAACACAAGUGGGUCAGCCUUUCAGAGGACUAAUUCCAGCUGGCACUCAGCACAGCAUUAUAACGGGAAAGAUGUCAGAAAUGGAUUUGAAGGCUUUUGGAAGUGGCAUUGAUAAGCCAGGCACACCUCCAGUUUCUGGACGAAGCACCACCCCAACUUCUAGCCCUUUCCGGGCCGUCUCUACAAGUCCAAACAGUCAGACCAAUAAAAUGAACACCAUUAUUUACCAGAAACAAUUCCAGUCAGCAGCUGUGAGAAUGACUCAACCAUUUCCUCCUCAGUUUGCACCACAGAUCCUCUCUCAGCCUAACCUGGUCCCUCCAUUGGUAAGAGCCCCACAUACUAACACCUUCCCAGCACCUGUUCAGAGGCCGCCAGUGGCACUGGCUAGUCAGAUGCCACCUCAGAUGACCACAGGUCUUUUGAGCCACCCUCGUUUGCCACAUAUGGCGAGGGGUCCUUGUGGAUCAUUCUCUGGAGUCAGAGGCAAUCAGGCCCAGGCUGCGAUGAAGGCUGAACAAGACAUAAAGGCAAAACAGAGAGCAGAAGUCAUUCAGUCAACACAGAGAUUUUUCUCUGAGCAGCAGCAGCAGCAGCAGAGCAAGCCACCUGGAGGCAAAAUACAGAAAGUGGGUGACAGUGGGAAUAAAGCUCCAGAGGCAGUGACAGACUCCACUUCUGGAAUCUGUCAAGACAAAGUGGAAGAGAAACAGAAUGCUACAACAGCACCCAAGCCUAUUAGAACUGGUCCAAUCAAACCUCAGGCCAUCAAGACAGAAGAAACAAAAUCAUAAAAUGGUGUGUCUGCAUACAAAUAUGAAGAGUGAAAUGACAGCCAAACAAACCUUUAGCCCAGAGAGGGCAAAGCAUACCUGUUCAAAGCUAUGAGUAGCAAAAACAGAAACAGAUGUGAGUGCUAAAGAUCUGGAAUCGGGGGACUUUUCUAUGGGACAUUUUGUAUGCCAUUGCAUGAAUGAAUAUGAUCAAUCAGAAUUGAAGCACCUGUCUGCUUUUUCAGUGGUGCAAAACUAAAUAAUGCUCCUGAGGCAUUUUGUUAGCCAAAGGUAAACAUUCUACUUUUUGCUGCUGAUUUGUUUAGAGAAGAAGGGCAGAUCGGAGAAGACCAUGCUGGGAUAGAACGCUGGGUUUGAUUUUGGGCUGCUCAUGUUGAAAUACGAUUUUCUUUCAGAAUGGAGCAGGAGAAUUUAUGACCAUGAAUAAAGUCAUAAAGAGCAAUUUCCCCCCCCCCCCCCCCACUUUUCCCUACUUCCCAUUACACAUUAUUUCAUUUUGUAAAUGUUUGAUGUCAGAUUUCCAAGAAAGGCAGGAGGUGGCUGCUACUACAGUUUGAUUAUGGUGCUGAAUUUAACUGAAAAAAAAAUAUUAAUUGCUUCUCGUGUUAAUAUAAUAUCAGAAGGGCAGUUUCGGGAGUCUCCCUUUUAUAUUGCCAGUUACAUUGAGCUACAACGAGACAGUGCUUGAGAAGAAAGCCUUUGGCCUUGAAAUGCUUCUCAAUUUAUGAGUAUAAAGCAGCAAGCAUUUGAUUUUGGGCCACAAAAACAGAUAUUUAUAUCAGAGCUGCAUCACACUUUCUUUCUGCUCAUUGUGCUGGAAAAUAGAAUCAAGUCAAAUAAUGCCUUCUUAAUUGUAUCCUUUAAUAGUAUAGCUGUAGGAAAAGUACUGUAUGAUAACUUCUGUGAAUGUAAAAUAUCUCAUUCCUGCUUACAAUAUGUAGUUGUGACUGUGCUAUAGCAGAGCUGUAAAAUGAAGUUAUUCAGACUUUUCAAGUCACUUGGAGGGCACCACAUGGCACAUCAUACCAAACUAUUUUCUCUGACAAUUUUCCCAACCCCUUUCUGGAACAAAGAAUGAAUCAAAAACAAUGUAAUGUGUAUAAUUUUGUUCAGAUGAUGGCAAAAUCUGGAAAAGUCUGUUGCUGCUAUUGAUGCCUAGUGAAAUGCUGUUGGUUAUCUUUUUUAUAUAAAUAUUAUAAUUUGCAUUUUUUUGGAAAUUUAGCUGUGAUGUCAGCUUUGGGGAAAGAUAUCCACUUGUACUGUGAUUUGGCAUUGUACAGAAAUUAACAGCCAUAUUGGUCUAGAAAAGUUUAAACUUUUUUUUUCAUUUGUACAGGGGUAACGCACUGUAUUAAAUAUGUAAGGUCUUAUUUACAUGGGUUUGAUUACAGAAACUAAUAAAAUAUUCUCUACAUAAAA